UUUUAUUCGCAGUUUUGAUUGCAAACAAUACGAACCCUCCUUCGCACCGACUGUUGCGACUGGAGUGGAAAUCCGCGGCGAACGAAUCGCUCGCCCACUUCAUUGUGAAAAAAAAUAAAGUAAAAAAAAAACAAGCAUUAAAGAAAAGCCCGAACGGGGUGGCGCGCAAGUGGGUGAAAACCCGGACGUUGAAAAUUUACUCGCACUCGUGGGUGUAUGUGUGCUUUUGUGUGGUUGUGUGUGCAGUCUUGUAUUACGUAGCGAGCGGUCACGGGCACGGGUUCGAAUCCGGCCACCGACGGCCGUGUGAAGCGCAACGGACGCAGUUUAAUCGACUGGCUUCUUUGUGCUUGUGUGUGUGUGUAGUGUGUGUAGUGUGUGAGUGGUGGGGCCACCAGUUCGCCCCUUCGGCGCACCAUCGGCGACCAUCCAUCCAGCCCUCGAUCUGUCCAACCGAUGCGUCUGCGCGGUGUCACCGUUCAAUAAAGCACAAAACGAGCAGCGCCACGGCACGGGGAGGAAGAGACUGAAGCAAGCGAACACACACACACACCCGCGCACACGGUCGCGGUGGAAAUACACCCGUGGAAAGAGCCCGUGCGGCACGUGCCCGAAAGCGAGUGACCCCAGCGCAUCGGGGGCUUUGACACAGUGAACUAGAAAGCGGCUGUGGGUUUUUGGACGGUCCGCUUUGGUUUCCCAGCUGAAGAAACCACCGAGACUACCACCAACUUCCCCCUCCCCCGAUGUGAACCGCUCCGCCCAGCAGCAGGACAACGAAAUAAAGCGCAAUGGCCGAUCAAACGCCGUCACCGGAAAGUGAAGAGUUUCCCGGCAGGCUGCUGCACCAGGCGGCCCUGUGGGACAACGUGGAGCUGCUGGAGGACCUGCUGCAGGAGGAGGUGCACCUGAUCGACUGUCUCGAUUCGUGGGGCCGGGCGCCGAUCCAUGCGGCCGCCAUCACGGCCGACUCCCGCUGCCUGCCGAUGCUGAUCCACGCCGGGGCAAACAUCAACGCGACGGCCGGCUGCCGGUGUGACAAUAAGACUGCGCUCCACUUCAGUGCCGAGCAUGGGCACGUGAGCAACUGCAAGGUGCUGCUCGAUGCCGGUGCCUCCUUCGUCGCGAAAGAUCGCAACGGGCUGACGGCCCUGGACCUGGCAGAGCGGAGCGGGCACGAGGCGUGCGUACAGCUGCUGAAGGAUGCGGCCGAUACGCGCGAACAGAUACGCAGCCAGAAGCAUCGGGCCCUGCGGGAGGCGGUGACGGCGACGGACGAAGCCGCCGUCCAGCUGCUGCUGGAGAGCAUCGGUUCGGAUCGGGAAAUCAUCGUCAAUAUGGCACCGGGCGGUGCCAACACGCUCCUGUUCAUUGCGGCACAGGCUGGGUCGGAGCGCAUCGUCCAGCUGCUGCUGGAAGCCGGUGCGGAUGGGCGGGCGCACGCGGUCACCAAAUACUCGCCCCUGUACACGGCGGUCCACAACGGGCAUACGCAGGUGGCCGCCCUGCUGCUCGACCGGUUUCCCGAGCUGGUGCAGCAGGUAACGGUCGAACGGUGGCUCCCGUUCCAUGCCGCCUGCAUCAAUGGGCACUGCGCGGUGGUGGAGCUGCUCAUCAAGCACCCGUACGUGGAGGAGCUGCUCGGUGUGUACCGCAGUCCGAGCGGGGAGCUCGAGUGGCGGCUGCCGUUCGACCCGAACGCGCAGGAUGUGGCCGGCCAGACCGCACUGUACGUCGGCUGCCUGCUCGGCAAUCCGCAGCUCGUCGAAACGUUGCUGAAAUGGCGGGUGAAGUGUGUGCGGCAUACGCUGGCGUCGACCACCGACCACGAGCAGGCGGAAAUGGGCGGCAGUGGUGGUCGUGAUCACGGUGGUGGUGGCGGUGGUAGUAGUAGUAGCCACCCGCUCAGCCCCACCAGCCGGAAGAUAUCGUUCGGCAUACAGUCGAUCAUGUCGCGGCUCAGCCUGAGCGGCGGCCGCACCGAUCCGUCCGAGGAGGGGGAGGAGGGCCAGCAGGGCGAGAUGCGCUGCCCGCUCGAUCUGGACAUUCUUUGCGGGGCGGCCCGGGAGACGGCCCUGCUCGCCGCGGUUCGCGGCGGCUUCCUGGACGUGGUGACGAUACUGCUGGAGAACGGGGCCGACCCGAACGUGAUUGCGCGCGCCGUGGAAGACCAGAACGAUCCGAAAUCGUCGGACGAGAUCUACGGCUUUUCCAACGUGCCGCUGGCCGAGGCGACGCGCCAAAAGUCGCUGCCGAUGGUGGAGCUGCUGCUGAAGCACGGCGCACGGGACGACCAGUCGGUCGCGCUCGGCAUCGCCGUCCAGAACGGCGACGAGCCGAUCAUCUGCCGGCUGCUCGCGAUCAAGGCCCAUCCCGAUCCGGACUACAAGAUCAACAAGCGGGCGCUCGCCGGGCAGGAAGCGUCCGCGCCCGAGUACGGCACGGCGCCGCUCGCGUUCGUCGGCAAGCUGGGCGGCAGCUUCACGUACAGCUCGCUGUUCCCGAGCACCGCCACCAUGAUCAACUGGCACAGCAACAACUGCCGGCUGGGGCUGAUCCGCAUGGCGUGGGUCAGCGAGGCGGUGCUGCAGUGCAAUCGGAAGCUGCGGGCGCACCCGAAGUGCCACCAGCUGGCGCUGGCCGCCCUGACGCGCAUCGACAUCUCGCACAACACGCUCACGACGCUGCCGGCCGAGCUGUUUGCGCUCGGCAGCCUGCGCUACCUGAACGCGGCGCAGAACAAAAUCGAGCGGCUGCCGCUGCCCGACGAGGACGCUGGCGGGCAGGGCAAGCGGCGCGGCUCGGCCAAACCGGCCGACUACCAGUGCCCGGUGCUGGAGGAGCUGUACCUGCAGGACAACCGGCUCGAGUGCGUGCCGGCCGUCCUGUUCCGGCUGCCGAACCUCGCGAUCCUGGACGUGUCGAACAACAAGCUGCAGGAGCUGCCGUUCGAGAUGUGGAAGGCGCCGAAGCUGAAGGAGCUGAACGUGGCGUUCAACUUUCUCAAGGAUCUGCCGUCGCUGCCGCUGCCCGAGCUGCUGCUGAGCUGCGGGCAGGGCCAGGGCGGGGACGGUGGCCGGCCGGAGCUGCCCUCCCCUGUGACGAUCGCGGUGGAAGGUGGUGGUGGUGGUGGGGGUUGUGGUAGCAGUGCAGCGGCUGCCGCCAUGUUCCAGCCGUACACCGGCACGAGCGCCUCGUUCGACGAUGGUACGGAGGCGCUGGCGCGGAACCGCCACGUGACGAACCUGGAGCUGGUGCGGCACCACAUUUGGGCCCGCUCGCUCGAGGUGACCGAGCAGGAGCUGCGGCUGGCGGACGCCCGCCACGACAGUGCGCUGUCGCAGCUGAGCAGCCUGAAUUUGGCGAACAACCUGUUCACCAGCAUCCCGCUGGCGCUGCCCUGCCUGGCGGUCAACCUGACGCGCCUCAACAUGUCCUACAACAGCCUGCGGUCGAUGGGCCACGUCACCAGCUAUCCGGCGUCGCUGAAGCAGCUCGACCUGGGCCACAACGAGAUCAGCUGCUGGCCCAGCCUGCCCCGCAUUGCGGCGUCCGAUCCGCACCUGAUGUGCUACAACCCGCAGGAAGGCAAGAAGCAUCCCACGGAAAGUGGUGGUGGUGGUGGAGGAGGUGGAGCGGGCACUGGUGGUGGUAGUGGGGGCAAAUCGGGCAGCCGUGGCGGGUCGGGCGGCGGCGACACGACGCCCUCCUCGAACGCGUCCACCACGUCGUACGGCGGCACGGAGAUGACGACGGUGGUGAAAUCGUCCACCAGCUCGAACAGCAUCACCUCCCUGCGCACGGCCGUGCUGAAGAGUGUGUGCUGCCAUCGGCGCCACCUGCGGCUCGAGUCGCUGCGCACGCUCGUGCUCGCGGACAACUCGCUCACGCGCAUCCAGCUCUCCACCGACGACGUGACGACGCUGGGCGAGUCGGACGACGCGGAAUGGAGCCUGAUCGGGAUGGCCAAGUCGCGGCUCAUCUUUCCCAACCUCUCGAUGCUGGACAUCAGCAACAACUGCCUGAAGGAGAUACCGGCCUCGAUCCACGAGCUGACCAACCUGAGCGUGCUGAACCUGAGCGGCAACAUGGACAUUACCGAGCUGCCACCGCACAUGGGGCUGCUGUCGCGGCUCUGGAACCUGAACACGCGCGGCUGCUCGCUCCAGGAUCCGCUGCGCUCGAUGAUCGACAGCAAGAAGUACAAAACGAUGGACAUCGUCGGCUACCUGAAGUCGGUGUACGAGGACGCGCGGCCGUACGCGCGCAUGAAGCUGAUGGUGGUCGGCGUGCAGGGCAUCGGCAAGACCAGCCUGCUCGAGCAGCUGCGGGCGGAGGGCUCCGCCCGGGGGAAGAAGCCGGUCGACCACUGGGCGAAGCGGAUGGGCCACCGGCACAUCAACCAGAAGACGUCCCGCGGCAUCAACAUGUCGACGGUCGGCGUCGACAUCGGCGACUGGGUGUGCGAGAAGAAGGUGCGGGGCCAGUCGCACCACGGGCCGGUCGUGUUCCGCACGUGGGACUUUGGCGGGCAGCGGGAGUACUACGCGACGCACCAGUACUUCCUGUCCAAGCGCAGCCUGUACCUGGUGCUGUGGCGCAUCAUCGAUGGGCGGCGCGGCCUGGCCGAGGUGCUCCAGUGGCUCGGCAACAUACAGGCGCGCGCCCCGAACUCGCCCGUCAUCAUCGUCGGCACGCACUACGAUGCGGUCGGCGAGACGCUGCCGGCGAAGAAGGCGGAAGAGCUGCAGCAGAUCAUACGCGACCGGUUCAUCGCGGUGUCGGACGCGGAAAAGAUUGGGCUGCCGCGCGUGCUCGACUCGAUCGAGGUGAGCUGCCGGACCGGGCACAACAUCAAGCUGCUGGCGGGGCUGAUCUACGAUACGGCGUUCUCGCUGCGGCCGCCCGGCUGCAAGGAGCCGCUGCUGUACCAGCGCGUCCCGGCCAGCUACCUGGCGCUGGAGGACGUGGUCGCGAACAUUGCCGCCAGCCUGCGGCAGCACGGUGCCGAUCCGGUGCUGGACGCGGACCGGUACCGCCAGACGGUCACGCACGAGAUGCAGCUGCGCGGGCUGAAGGGUUUCCGGGACUGGUCGGAGCUGAACCAGGCGACCAUGUUCCUGCACGAUAACGGCGUGCUGCUGCACUACGAUGACGCGACGCUGCGCGAUCUGUACUUUCUCGACCCGCAGUGGCUGUGCGACAUGCUCGCGCACGUGGUGACGGUGCGCGAGAUCAACCCGUUCGCGCGCACCGGUGUGAUGAAGAUGGACGAUCUGCAGCACGUGUUCAAGAGCUCCUGCCUGGGCAGCAACAAUAAUCGAGGCUACAUCGUGAGCCUGUUGAACAAAUUUGAAGUUGCCCUGUCGUGGGACGCCCGCACACUGUUGAUCCCGUCCCUGCUGCCAACCGAGGAGGAUAGCAGCUCGGAUCGGAUGGUCACGGUAAAGAUUGCAACGCGUUCGAAAGGAUGGGUGAAUCGGGCCCGCCGCAACCCGCUGGCCUACACCGGCCACUCACUGCCCUCGUACGAUCAGGCGCCUUCGCAAACGCUGGCCAGUUCGGCCAGCCUGGACCACUCGCCGAUACCGACACCAACGCCGCUGGACAGCAGCCACCCCGCGACCGGCACCGGCUGCGACGUGCAGAUGGUGCCCCACCCGGACCGGUCCAUCUCCCGGCUGCUGCUCAUGUCCUACUUUCCGUCCGGCUUCUGGUCGCGGCUCAUAACGCGCGUGCUGGCCGACGACCAGGUGGUGGAAGCGGUCCGUGGCCUCUACCCCCUGCCCAAGGACCUGCUCGACCAGUGGCCCGCGCUGGAGGAGACGCCGGCCCUGGCCGCCCACUGGGCGGUAUGGCAGACCGGGCUCGCGCUACACUUCGGCCCGUCCACGGUGGUGUUUAAGAUGCGCGAAAUCUCCGUCACCUGCCCGACCUCCCCGUACCGGAACCCGAUGAACCGGUUCAAGCUGAAGCAGGACGGCGUCUGGUGCGACAUCGACCUGACGGCCAGCUCGAUCCUGGAGAUACACUUCCCGUGCAGCGCGCUGCGGGUGCAGGUGCCGGCGACGCCCGACGAAGCCCGGCAGCCGACGGCGCACGAGAUCGAACCGAACGUCCAGUGCCUGACGCAGCUGCUCGCGCUAACCGUCGACCAUAUCGAUCUGCUGCUGGAGGACUGGUACCCGACGCUUGGCACGCGGUUCGUGCACACGUCCGAGGGCCGGUUCCUGGUGACGCGGCUCGUCCCCUGCCCGCGGUGCCUGCGGGAGUGCGAGGAGCGGCACGCGCCGAACCUGCCGUCGCAGGUGAAGCCCUGCUCGGCGUUGAACCAGCGGUAUGCGGCGAACGGGGGCGGCGGCGUUCAUCGGCACCAUCGGUUAAGCAUCGGCGAGCGGCGCACGGCCGACGGGGGUGGAACGGGCAACGGUGAGACGAGCGGCGGCGGAGGAGGCUUGAACGAGCUGCCGGGCAUACUGCACGACUGCGCGGCGCUGGCCGGCCGGAAGUCGCAGGACUCGCUCGGCUGGUCCGACUGCGACUCGGGCGUCGGCCAGGAGACGGCCGACAGCUCGAGCGAAACGUCGAUCGAGUGCUACACGCUGGCGGCCCUGGCCGGGGACGGUUCGCCCAGCUACAGCUGGAUGGUGGAGGAGUGCAUACUGGCGGCGUACGAUCGGAAGACGGUCGCCUGCCCGGUGCACGGCGAGAUCGAGCUGAGCCGCAUCACGCCCGACGUGAACUUUAUGGACCUGCCCGACCACUAUCUGAUCCGGUCGAGCGACAUCAACCGCGGUCCGCUGCUCGGGCGCGGUGCGUUCGGGUUCGUGUUCAAGGCGACGUGCAAAGUGACCCGGCUGGCCGGCAACAGCAGCAGCACCACCGCCACUACCACCACCCUUGCCGGUCGGCUAUCGUCGCUCCUGUCGUCGCCGAGUGCUGGCCCACCGAGCGGCGGGGGCAGCACUGGCCCCGGGCCAACGAUCAAUGUGGCGAUGAAGAUGCUGCAGCCGGUUGCGCCCGGACCGCGGGCACGCCAGAGCGCCAUCAUCGCGUACAAGGCGGCGCUCGGCAAGUGGGAGCGCGAUCCGCUCCAGCACGCCUGCAAAGCGUACUGCACCGCCCGGCAGGAGCUGGCGGUGCUGCUCACCCUGCGCCACCCGCACAUCGUGCCGCUGGUCGGGGUCUGCACCCAGCCGCUCGCGCUCGUGCUCGAUCUCGCGCCGAAGGGUGCGCUCGACGCGGUGCUGCGCCACUUCCGGCGCAGCGGCGCCCGCAUCGGCCCGUACUGCUUCCAGGCGCUGGUGCUGCAGGCCGCCAAAGCGAUGGAGUACCUGCACCGGCGGCGCGUCAUCUACCGCGACCUGAAGGCGGAAAACAUUCUCGUGUGGGAGUUCCCGGAACCGCACGCUCACGAUCAUCCGUCGAAUGCGGUGCACAUCAAGGUGGCAGACUACGGCAUCAGUCGCAUCACGCUGCCGUCCGGCUCGAAGGGGUUCGGCGGGACCGAGGGCUUCAUGGCGCCGGAAAUCAUGCGCCACAACGGCGAGGAGGAGUACACGGAGAAGGUGGACUGCUUCUCGUUCGGCAUGUUCCUGUACGAGCUGAUCUCGCUGCGGCAACCGUUCGAGGGGCACGAGGCGGUGAAGGAGUGCAUCCUCGAGGGCGGCCGGCCAGUGCUGACGCACCGCGAGACGCACUUCCCGUCCUACUGUCUCGACCUGAUGGUGCUGUGCUGGGACCAGCAGCCGAAGGUGCGGCCCUCCGCCAGCCAGAUCGUGUCGAUCGCGACGGCGCCCGAGUUUACCCACCUGCUGGACGUGAUCUCGCUGUCGCACGGGGGCAGCGUGAUGGACGGCAUCGCCUGCAUGAUCGCGAGCGCGGACGGCGAGGAGAGCGCGGGCGUCGUGUCCGGGUACGAGCUGUGGCUGCCCUGCUCCAACUCGCGCAUCGACAUCCUGGGCGGGUCGGCGAAGGGCUGGCAGCAGUACCAUCGCAUCCUGUGCCCGCAGGUCAAGGGCGGCGUUGGUGGUGGUGGUGGUGCCGGCACGACCGGCACGAGCAGCGGCGGACAGGCGGGCGGUACGCCCGGCAGCGGGCCAGCGCAGGCGUCCGGUUCGCAACCGACCACGCCACACCUGCUGAAGACGAUCAAGCUGACGACGGCCUGCGCGGUCGAGUCGGCCGUCUGGAUCGGCGACGCCGAGGGCAACAUCUACGCGUUCAACGCGGCCGACUGCGUGCACCUGUUCUCGUACGCGCUGGAACCGUCCGCCCCGUCGCCGGUGGUGGCGCUCGUCUACCUGAAGAAGUUCCAUCGCGUGGCGGCCGGGCUGGAGAAUGGGCGCCUGUUCCUGCUCGACUCGCAGCUCAUCCCGAGCACGUACGUGUCGGCCGAGGGUAGCUUCGUGCUGUCCGAGCUGGGGUCGGGCGAGCGGCUCUGCUCCGUCACCGCCCUGUGGCACUCCGAGGACGAGUGCGAGCUGUGGUGCGGCGAGCGGGACGACGCGAUCAGCGUGUUUUCGCUGCGCAACUCGCACGUGUCGGGGCAGCACCAUCUGACCCACUUCCCGGCGCCGCUGCCCGUCCGGGGUCUCAGCGUGGCGCUGCUGUACGCGUCCGGCGACGACUACGUCUACUCCUACCUGUCGCCGAGCUACAUCCUCUACCAGUGGCGCUCGUCGACCAAGCAGGUGGAGAACAAGCUCGACUGCUCGAAGCUGGUACCGUGCUCGGAAAGCCUCAAGAGCAUCGCGAUCGACGAGCGGCUCAGCCCGGGCAAGUGCCAGAUCAGUGCGCUGGCCGUGCUCGGCAACGAGCUGUACGUCGGCACGACCUGGGGCUGCAUCAUCGUGGUCGAGCGGGGCAGCCUCCGGCCGACCACCGUCUUCCGGCCGUACGAGGAGGACGUGCGGUGCAUCGUGCCGGUCGUGCCGGUGACGGCCGGGGACGAGUCGGGCGGUGCCUGCACCACGCCGCUGAUCGUGACGAUCGGGCGCGGCUACCGGUCGCUGAUCGAGCGCUACACGGACGUGACGGUCGGGCCGAGCACGGCCAGUGCCGGGCGGCACGGCCUGGCCGCCACCACACCGACCGCCCAGGACAAGCGGCUGAAGGAGGCGCUGCUGCGGGACCGCUCCAACCACAUGCACGCGCUCAUCUGGUCGGCGGAACACUGGGCACCGAUCUAAGGCGCGGUCCGGGCGUGCAUUAUAUGUGUCUGUGAUUUAAUUUCGGUUUUAAAUGAAACUUUUCGCACUGCUGCUUUUGGAGGGACAACAGCAACAACAAAAAAAGACAAACAAACAGAAAAGAACUAUUUAGUUAAGGCGGCAGCACGAUUUGGGCGAUUCAAUUAGCUUCGUAAACAACCCUCCCUCCUUUCUCCUUCGCUUUACCGUCGAGCCGGGUAUCGAAAACCCCCCCGUUAACCUUUUAUUGUAAUACUUGCGGGCCCGACCACCCUCCCCUCGAUCUUCCCGGAGAGAGAUGUUGGUCAGUCGGUGACGGGUCUUGAGGCGGGUGGCGACGAACCUGAGUUAUGGAUAUUAUUGCAAAUAACUAGCUUAUUUAAAUUUAACAUUACGAGACGCGUGAGAGAGCUAGGGAGAGACACAGAGCGCGGAAGUGUAUAGGUAAAAUAAAAAAUAUAUAUAUUUUAACACGGUCAA